AUGGGAACGCCUGGAGAUUGCACCCACGAUGCUGAGGAUGCUGCCGACUGGGCUGCCGUCAACCUGUUCAAGCCAGGCGAUGAGUUCCACCUGGUCCACGUGAUCAAGGACGAGAGCGAGCAGCUGCGCGAGUUCUACCAGGAGAAGUCCCUGGAAGUGGCAGCCAACAGGUUCAUCCAGGAGCGCUUUGUGCCCAAGCUGGUGGCUGCAGGCAUCAUAGUGGUGGUGGACAUUGUGAGGAAGCCCAGUGACGAGGCGCACCCGGCAUCCGCCAUCGUGAAGAAGGCCGAUGAGAUCGACGCUGCCUGCAUCGUCUGCGUGCCCCACGAGCAUGAGUUUGUCGAGGCUGCUUUCCACACCUCGAUCGCAAAGUGGAUCGUCCUCAACUCAAAGCGCGCAGUCACUGUGCUGCACCCCUACCGCCUGGGCCACAAGGGAAAGAGCGUCCACCCGGCCCAUGCAAAGUGA